CGUCCAGCGCGGUUUUUAAAAUGUCUUUGUAUUUGUCCACCAGCUCCGUCACUUGUUUCUUCGUCGCCACCGGGACUCGGAACUCUUCCGUCUCCAUCUUUACCGCCAACUUGUUUAUAUUCUUUGUCAAACCGGAACUACAGAUGGGACUUCCGGGUCCGACAGCUAACAGGGUCCCCCGCCCCCCCGGAGCAACACUUCCGGUUUGCUCAGCGGAAACGUCCCGUGCCGCUCUCACCUGACAAAACGUUUCUUUCUGUGUUUUCAAGUCACCUCGUUUUUUUUAUAUUUUAAUUUCUCGAUGGAACUCGGCUUCGUUGACUCUCACUGUCACAUCUCGGCCCGGGAGUUUGAGCAGGAUCUGGAGGAUGUGAUGCAGAGGAGCAGACAGGCUGGGGUAGAGACUCUGAUUGCUGUAACAGAAGAAGUCGGGGAGUUCAGCAGACUUCUCCAGCUGCAACAACGUUAUCCAGAUGUGGUGGCUCCGUGUUUCGGGGUCCAUCCUCUGCAGGGCGGCGAGGGGCCCGAGCAGCGCAGCGCCAGGCCUCAGGACCUGGAUGCUGCUCUGCCGCUGCUCUACGCAAACAGAGAACGCCUUGUUGCUGUAGGAGAGAUCGGUUUAGACUUCACACCGUGGCGAGCUCCCACUCAGCAGGACCGAGACGACCAGAUGAGCGUGUUCGUUAAACAGCUCGACGUCGCCAAGGAGCUGGACCUUCCUGUGAACGUCCACUCCCGAUCAGCCGCUAGAGUCACCAUCGAGACCAUGAGACAACAGGGUAUCAGUCGCGCUCUGCUGCAUAACUUUGCAGGGAAGCCGUCGGUGGCUCUGGAAGGUGUGAAGGCCGGUUACCUCUUCUCCUUCCCACCUGCUGUCUGCAGAAACCAGCAGAGAGACAAACUGAUCAGAGCGAUCCCACUGGAGCACAUCUGUCUGGAAACCGACUCUCCUGCCCUGGGGCUCGACAAGCACGGGAGGAACGAGCCCUGUAACAUCGUCCUGUGCUGCCGGUACAUCGCCCACGUCAAAGGUCUGUCUGCUCAAACCGUUCAGCUCGUCACAGCACAGAAUGCAUACAGACUGUUCCCCGGGGCUGACACGCAACAACGAACACACACACAAACACACACACACACACACACAGUUCUGAAAUCUACAGUUUGGCCUGAGGAGGGGGAAGAGUUUUAUGAUGAGGAGUUAUGCAAAAGACGCGGCGUGUUUUGACUCUGGAUGAAACAAGGAAACAUUAUCAUCAUGAAGGUUUAAUCUGUGGAGACAGUUUCACAGGGAACAUGUAGAGAUGAUAUUCAAACACAAAGAAAUCUAACCAGUGAAUUGUUUUCCUCAGACUCGUUUCUUCUUCUUGAACAGUUGCUCACUGGAAUUUGAGACAACUGCAUGUUUGGACAGUAUUUGUUGUCCCAGCUCUCUGGGUCCUGCAGCAGUUUUACACCAGGUGUGAUUUAUCUGGAAGAGGCGAAAAGAUGCACAACAAUGAUUCAUAGAGUCGUGAUGAAGCAUCUGGAUCCAUAUAAUGAGAAAGAAUCGAAUAGUUUUCAUAGUUUCAUCAUUCUCUGCUUCAUGUGUUGUUUAAGCUGCGUUCAAGGUCGCACCGAUAUCUGAGGACUGAACUCAGCUCUUAUAAAACAAUGCUUGCUGUUGUGUUGUGUUGUGUUGUUGUUGCACAUACUCUGUUGAUAAUGGUUGUGUUUAAGUUAAAAUAAAAAACGUUCUUGAGCAGACUAAAGUCUCCCUCUUCAAUCUUAAUGUAGCACUUUUUAUAAAGUGUUAUAUAGGUUUAUAAUUAUUCAUAAUAAACAUAUUAUUUAAAUAUA